AUGGGAAGGCCGUUGCCUGACCUUCUGCGUAGACUCCCCGAACAGCGCAUGGCCCCGUUUGUAUUAGAGGCAAAGGAGGUAGAAGCAGCACUGGAACAACUAGAUCAGAACAAGGCCGCGGGCCCGGAUGAGCAGCAUACAGAAAUACUGCGGCCCAUCGCUGCCAUUAUUGCAGGUGUGUUUACUCAGCUUUGCAACCGAUCCCUUGCCUCUGCAACGCUGCCCGCCGACUGGACCACGGCAGAAGUGGUGUCAAUCCACAAGGGUGUUUCAAGGGCGGCUNCUAUUGUCUAG